UUUAGUUAAAACAUCAGAUCCAAAAUCCAACUACACCGUCCCUUCCUCCUAGCAUAACAAGUAGCGUGGACUAGACAGAUCCACCGACAAUCUCCUCUCCGACGAGUCCAGUUCCUAACUCACAUUCUCUCUCUCUCUCUCUCUCUCUCUCUCUCCAACAAUGGCAAUGACCCUGUUAUGGCUUCUUCUUGCUGUCGCUGCUCCCUUGUGCUCUGCCUCUGCAAAUGUACAAAUAAAAGUGACAAAUAACCCAGCAGAUGACCUCGUCGCCACACUUAACAGUAAUAGAACUGCAAAUAAAGGAUCAACUCUCUUUGACAAUCCGGGCUUAGCAUGCAUUGCCCUGCAGUACAUUAAAGCAUAUCAAGGUCAAUGUGACCAAGUGGGAGGACCUGAUGCCAAGAAGCCUGCUGACUCUGAAUUUGCUGAUACUUUUGCCCCUAACUGUGGUGUUUCCGCUUCUACUCUCUCCCCAAUUACCGGUCGUUUGCUUGGCUGCCAGUCCAAAUAUGUACAUCCUUCAGAGGCAUUCUCAGAAAUUCUGAUGAAAAACAACAAGAGCUUGGAAAUACUCUACAAUAAGAAUCACACUGAAUUGGGGUCUGCUGUGAGCGGUUCUGAUGGUGGGUCUCCCUAUUUCUGGUGUGUUCUGUUCAGCAGUGGCAAGCCCAACAGCAGCUUUGUUUUGGAGGGAGGUGUAGCAAAGGUAUCUAGACCUGGAUGCUUUAGUGGUGCCAAUGAUGAUUGUAGUGGUGCUGAUGAUUGGUCUCAAACUCCUCAUGUCUGGACAAUUGUUGUUGGAGCUUUAAUUGCGGUGAGUUAUGCCUUCGGAUUAUGACCACGUCCUUAUGGAAUUUGGAUUGUUAUUGAUUUGAUUUGAGGGCUUCUUUCCUUUUGUUGUAUUUGUUUGCUUCGCUUUGCAAUUUGUUUGCUGUAUCUUACUUCCAUCCAUUUUUCAGUGUAAGAAUAUGGAGUAUUUUCCCAACAUAUAUCUGAGAUAUUUGUUCUCCCUUGUAAAUGCUGUUGGCUAUGUGAUCUCCUCAGUGGGAAAUAGUUUUAGAUGGAUAAUUUUUAAGGUACAGUCAUGAAUUAAUUUUUGAAGAAA